AUGACCGACAUUUCUUUGUUUCCAUUUACUGUGACGGAACAUGUUGUCGAUGCGCAGCAUAUCCGUGAAUAUCCGAAUGCCACAAGAAGGCGCGACGCCUCGUUAAAGCUUGUCUUGAAACAAUACACUCCCAUCGAUAACCCAAACCCUCAGCCUGGCGACAUAACAAUAAUCGGAGCGCACGGGUGCGGGUUUCCAAAGGAGUUAUAUGAGCCUCUCUGGGAGGACUUGUAUACUAGAAGUCAAGUGGAUGGUUAUCGAAUUCGCUCAAUCUGGAUCGCAGAUGUUGUCAAUCUCGGUGCGAGCGGUCUUCGCAACGAAAGUUCUCUUGGAAAUGAUCCCUCUUGGAUGGAUCAUAGUCGCGACCUCCUGCACAUGAUCAAUACCUUCCGUGACCAAAUGCCACAGCCGAUUGUAGGCGUGGGACACAGUAUGGGAGCCGGACAGCUUGUCCUUCUUUCCAUGCUCCACCCCCGCCUCUUUACAUCAUUAACUCUGAUAGAACCCGUCAUCUCACCCGAUAUCUUUACAGGCCAAGGCCCCAUCUUAGCCAUCAUGUCACUCAAGCGAAAGGACACUUGGAACUCCAAGUCAGAAGCUAUCCAAGCCGCACGCAAAACAUACAAACGAUGGGAUAAACGAGUCCUCGAUCGCUGGAUUGAUAACGGAUACCGCGAGUUGUCAGGCACCACAGGGCGUGAUUCAGCCGUCACCUUGACAAGCUCGAAAUAUCAAGAAGUCCUGCAAUACCUGCGGCCAAACCCUCUCGAUUACAAACCCGUGGGAACAUACCAUGUCGACGAAACAUCUUCACCUCACCAUGAUCACCUCCUUUACCCAGACAUCAUCGGUCCUCCGCAUGCAACCUCACCAUUUUAUCGAUACGAGCCAAUUCUAGCCUGGAAGAUGCUCAAGCAUAUCCAUCCCGCCGUCCUCUAUCUCCAUGGAGAAAGCAGUCCAAUUGCCACUCCUGAAGUGCGCGAUAAGAUGUUGAAUCGGACUGGGGCUGGUGUCGGUGGAAAUGGCGGUGUCCGGGAGUCGCGAGUGCAGCAAAAGAUUCUGAAAGGGUCACAUCAAUUGCCCCUCGAGCAGGUGGGAGAGACAGCAUCGGCUAUUGGUCCCUGGAUUGGUCAGUCGGCGCAAAGUUGGAAAGAUGAUGAGGCGCGGCUGGAUGAAGGGUGGGUGGAAAUGUCUAUGGGUGACCGGUUGAAGGCUAUGAAUGGUUGGAUACCUGUACUACAAGGGCUUUAUAAGCCUGAGUCACAGAAGCGAGACUCAAGGUUAUGA